AUGGACUCUGGAGACACAGCAUGGAUGUUGACUUCAUCAGCAAUCGUUCUCAUGAUGACAAUCCCUGGUCUCGCUCUCUUCUACGGAGGCCUCGCAAGGACUCCAAACGUUCUCUCGACUGUCAUUCAGAGCUUCGCCAUCACCUGCCUCGUCACCUUCUGGUGGCUCGCGCUGGGCUACUCGCUGUCGUUUGCGAGCGGCAACUCCUUCUACGGAGGGACCUCGAGGAUGUGGCUGACGGGCCUCACCUCGGACUCCUUGAUAGGCACCAUCCCCGAGACUGUCUACAUCUUCUUUCAGCUCACCUUCGCCAUCAUCACCGCCGCCAUCAUCACCGGCUCCUUCGCUGAGCGCAUGCGCUUCGGGCCGAUGCUCAUCUUCAUUUCCAUCUGGCACAUCCUCGUCUACUGCCCCAUCGCUCACUGGGAGUGGGGCGGCGGCUUCAUGGGUCAGAAGCUCGAGGUUCUCGACUUUGCCGGAGGAGAUGUCGUGCACAUCAGCUCGGGCGUGUCUGGUCUCGCCGCGUCCUUGAUCGUAGGGAAGAGGAAGGGCUUCGCUCAAGGACAGGAGCUCCCUCCUCACAACGUCAUCUUCGUCUUCCUUGGAGCCUCUCUCCUGUGGGUCGGGUGGUUUGGCUUCAACGCGGGUUCAGCUGUGGCUGCCAAUGGAGCAGCCGGCAUGGCGGCUCUCGUGACUCAGAUUGCUGCGGCCAUGGCUGGCUUGUCAUGGAUGUUCACUGAGUGGCUCGUGAAGAAGAAGCCGAGUAUGGUCGGCCUUGUUAGUGGUGCAGUAGCUGGACUGGUGGUUAUCACUCCUGCCUCUGGCUAUGUGAACCCGACGGGAGCGUUUGUGAUGGGAGUCAUCGGAGGUCCUAUCUGCUUCGGAGGCAUCCAGCUGAAGCACUACCUGGGCUAUGACGAUGCUCUCGACGCCUUUGGCGUGCAUGCUAUCGGCGGUAUGGUCGGAGGAGUCCUCACUGGCUGCUUUGCCGACGCCAAGAUCGGAGGCACCAACGGAGCGUUCUACGGGAACCCAACGCAGCUCGGGCAUCAGAUCGCUGGUAUCCUCAUCACUGUCAGUUACUCGUUCGUUAUGACUCUCAUCAUCCUCAAGCCCAUGGACAUGAUUCUUCGCGCGGCCACCGGCCAUGGCUUGCGCGUGAGCGACGAGGCGGAGGAGAAGGGGCUGGACCUCUCGGAGCAUGGGGAGAGCAUCCUGGGGGAUUUCUUCGGGGGCCCAGGGCACGUGGCACCUGCUUUGUCGAUCAAGGUGGAGGAGAACAGGACGAGCUCCAACCUGGUCAUCACCAACUAG